AUGGAGAUGCGGAUGUUGAGGUGGACGAUAGGUGUAACGCUAAAAGACGAAGUAUUAAACGACACUGAACGAUCCAUCUUCGGCGUCGUCCAGAUAACUGAAAAGAUUACAGAGGCGCGACUAAGAUGGUUUGGUCACGUAUUGCAGCGAGAGGAAAAUUCUGUUGCCAAAACCGCCCUGAAGCUCGGUGUUUCAGGAGUGAGGUCCCGCGGCAGGCCAGGAAUUCGCUGGUUGGACCGUAUGAGAGAUGCGCGUUUGUGUACGGCUAAUGCGAUGAUUCGAACCAAAUGGAAGACAAGAAGCAGAAAGGCGGACCCUGCAACAACGCUGGACAAACGCUAG